AUGGCCUCACCGAUGGAGUACGGCCUCGGUAUGGAAAAGCCGAUGUGUCUGGAGGAGUUCCGCCACUACCAUGAGACUGACAAGCAGUGGAUGUCCCGUAGAGAGUUCCUGACCCGUCAUGUCCACCUCUACCCCGGGCGGAAGAUGGACCAACUCAUCGCCCUGUCUGUGGUUUGGAGCAACGUUGUCUUCAUAGGAAACCGUUAUGGAGAGCAGCUCACUCAGAAAGUUCACCAGAUGGCUGAGGGAAUUGAUGUUGGAGAGAUGCCAUCCUUUGAGCUUGUUCCUGGUGCCAAAGCUGCAAAACGACCCAGUUCAUCAGAAGGCGAUGUACAACCGUCAAAGAAAAAGUUUGGACCGCGGCCACGUUUUGAACCAGUGCAUUUUGUAGUCAGCACAGUGGAGGAGGACAAAGUUUUCCAAAAAACACGGGAAACAAAUGAAAACUUGGACAGACAGAAACAGCGGGACGACAUUCAUCCCUCAGAUGUCGAGUCCCAGUCAUUCGCUGUGUGCGUCACUGCCAGUGACCAUUCAGAUGCAGAAGAGAACACUGAAGUAGAGUUGGGUGGUCAUCCCUAUAUAUAUGACUCAAAUGACACAAACGAACAGAAUAAGAAUGAAUCUGGCAAUUAUAUGACCAAACUGGAACAAGACUACUCUGCAAAAUUUGAAUCCCACCAUUCAUCUUUGGGCAAAGAUUUUCGAUCGAAUGUUCUUAAUAGCUGGAAGACUGUAAGCCAGCAAGGGAGAAAAGGCAUUGGUUUUGUAAAACCACUAAAAAAGACUGGCAGGACUGGAAACGAAAAGCGAAGUGGUGCAAACUAUUUCAUGGCCCGUGCAGUACAUUCUUUAGAUAAAUCCGGCUUUAUUGGGCAACUUUCCGCAAUUGUGAAGCAGAAGUUGGUAAAUCCUAAAAUGGCUUCAGAUAGCAAACACAUUAACUUCACCCAUGCAUUAACGCAGAGCAUUCAGGCAUGUAAAACCAAUCCAGAAUAUAUUUAUGUGCCUAUUAAAGAUCUUCCUCCUGGCAGCGUCCCAAAACAUAAGAAAGUCCCCCCUGAUGGCUAUGCUUGCGAGGUCAGGUGCCAAGAUGUGUACUUAGCUACUGGAUAUUCAUGGAGCAAAAUUGGGGCCAGAGAUCGGGCUGCUGAAUUGGCCAUACAGCUUUUACAAAAGCCUAUGGUGGAUGUUGCCACUGUGCAACGAAAGUGUGGACGUGGGUACCGCGAUGACGUGGUGGCUUGCUCAAGUGACACUUGCAUGAAUGACUUCCCUCCAGCCCUAAAGCAAGACGAUAAUUCUGUAAAUGACAGCGGUCCGUCAAGCCAGCAGUUUUCCGAGGCUUCUAAAGGGACUUCAUCUAGACCAUGGUCCCAGUUUAUCCUUACUGAAAAUGCUUGCGAUGCAAUAGGCAUUCUGAACAAUUCGGCGACUUUUAACAAAAUGACAGUCGACUACAAGUAUGAGACGAUGCCCAACAAUAUGUGGCGUUGCUGUGUGUAUGUGCAAGAUCAUUUUAUAGCCGAUGGAUAUGGGAAUAAAAAGAACAGCAAACAUGCAGCAGCUGAGUCAGCAGUAAAAGUGCUAAAGGCGAUGCAUCCUAACUCGCAAAGGACCAUCAGUGCAACAAACCAAGGCGUCAGUGUUACAAGAGAACUGAAAGACAUUGUGGUGUAUGAGAAUGCCUCAAAUCCUGUAUGUACAUUAAAUGACACUGCUCAGUUUAACAAGGUUAAUAUAGAAUAUGUCUUUGAGAGGGCACCGGGACUGAACUGGAAGUGUAAGGUUCUCAUACAACAACAGUUUGUAGCGGAAGCUGUUGGUAUUAAGAAAACUGUAAAACAUGAUGCUGCAGAGGCGGCUGUGAACGUAUUAAAGAGAACCCAGCCCGUGGUGGUUAACAAUCUGAAAAAAGGUCCCGUUGAAGAUGCCAUUUCUCGAAAUCGGAUAAGAGGGCUGUCCAACGACGAGGCGUAUAAACAGCACAUCAAAGAGGACAAUAUUGGAAACCAGCUGCUACGAAAGAUGGGAUGGACUGGUGGGGGUUUGGGCAAAGGAGGGGAAGGAAUAGCUGAGCCUAUUUCUGUUAAAGAGCAGUUUAGUCGGGAGGGGCUUGGCCUAGCAACAACUAAUCAAAAGAUCACCAAAAGAGACAUUGAACAGAUGAUAAGAAACUAUGCAGGCUCCUGUAAUCAGGACGAUCUUACGUUCUCUAGGGAGCUGACCAAUGAGGAACGAAAAUACAUUCAUCAGAUAUCUCAGAAAUAUGGUCUGAAAAGCAAGUCUCAUGGACAAGGUACUGAGAGAUUCUUGGUUGUAAGUAGGAAAAGAAGCAGACAAGAUCUUCUGUAUCAGCUGAAACAAGAAGGGCAGGUUGGAUCUUAUGCGCUUGUUAUGCCCCACAAUUGACGUUCCCUUCCUUGUUGAGUUCAAACUAAGGUUGUAUUGUAUACAUCAGAGCACAGUGUAUCCUAUUGUCUGGUUAUAAGAACUGAAUAAAUGGCUCCUACUUAUUUUAAUUUACUGAU